GAUCUCGUCUCAGCGCCGGAAUCACCAAACUGCCCUUUCCCAAGCACCCCCGACCCUCUCACUCCACCAGCCAACCCCCCGCCUCCUCCCGGCAGCGAAAAGGUAGAUUUUUAUUUCCCUCCUGCCUGCCCCCGACAUGACGCCGCAUCUGCCCGUGCCGUCCCGCCCGGCGCCGCGCCACCUGCUCGACGCCGGGGCGCCGCCCUCGCCGCAGCAGCACCACCGCCGCCGCAGGCGCCGCCGCCUCUGCCCGCCGCGCGCCCGGGCAUCCGCCGCCUCCUCCCCCUCUUCCUCUGUGCGAUGCUGCGCGGCCGCCGCGCCGCAGCCGACGGUGGCGGCCGCGCCGGCCGCUACGAGGACGAGGGUGUUCGUCGUGUCCGACCUGCACACCGACUACCCGGAGAACAUGGACUGGGUGCGCCGGCUCGAGGUCGGGGCCAGGGACGCGGGAGGCGUCGACGCGCUCGUCGUCGCCGGGGACGUGGCGGAGACCAGGGACAACUUCGCGCGCACCAUGGAGGCGCUCAGGGACCGGUUCGAGGCCGUCUUCUACGUGCCUGGGAACCACGACCUCUGGCUGCGCCGCGAGGGUGGCCGCUACAUGGAUUCGCUGGAGAAACUGACUGCAUUGCUUGAUGCGUGUAGUGAGCUGGGUGUAGAUACAGGCCCAAGAACGAUAGGUGACUUGGGGAUCAUACCAUUGUUCUCAUGGUAUCACAAGAGCUUUGACAAGGAAAAGGAUGUCAACAGUGUGCGUGUUCCUUCAUUAGAGAUGGCUUGUAAAGACUUUCAUGCUUGUCAAUGGCCUUCGGACUUGGGAAGUGAUGAUGAGGCUCUUGCUGUUUACUUUGACAAGUUGAAUGACAAAAACAAUGAUGCUAUUGAAGAAGUAAAAAAGAAUAGCAAACAGAUACUAACGUUUUCACACUUUGUACCAAGGCAAGAAUUAUGUCCAGAGAAGAGAAUGCUUUACUAUCCAAACCUUCCGAAGGUCAUCGGCUCUGAUUUUUUGGAGAGGAGACUGAGGGCUAUACACAGCAACAGGGAAGAUGGAGCAGCCUGCCAUGUAUUCGGGCACACACAUUUCUGUUGGGAUUCUGUCGUUGACGAGAUCAGGUACAUACAAGCGCCUCUGGCAUACCCUCGAGAAAGGAAACGAAGGAUGAACGGAGGCGAAGGAUGGUUGCCAUUUUGCGUAUACCGCGACGGCUUCAACCCUGAUAUAUACCCUGCUAUAUGGUCAGACUAUUACAACAAGAACAGCAGGGAACCUGAGAACACCCAGCUCGCACCGUGGGUUGCCAAGUAUUUUAGAAAGUACUACUGACCCUUACACCUCGCAUCUCCAGUGCUUGCAGAACAAGCUGGGUACGGUUGAGCUGUCGAGGGCAACUCUGAAGUCUGCCUUUUACCUGGAGGAAAAGAAAAGGAAGAGAUUGACGUUUUACCUGUACAUGUUUUUUUUUCCUUUCCUUUUUGUAUUUUUUUUUCUUGUUUCCACUCUUACCACAACUGUUCUGCAAGCGCCCUCUUGUGCUGGAUGUAUGCUGGAAAAAUAAUGUAAAGAUUCUUGUAAGCCUUGCUUCAAAGAUAUUAACACGCUCAAGUCACUAGAUAGA